GUUUCUCCUUCCUUCCGUCUCUUCCGCCACAUCUGUCUUUGUCCUCCUCUCUUUUACUGUUAGUUCUGGUUUGCCCAUCUUUGCGUAUACAUCAAGGUUUCUGAUGCUUCAGGAUGAACACAACAGUUGAGGCCACUACUAAAGGCUUUAACAACGUGUCCGACAGCACACCUAAUUCCAGCCAAGUGCAAAACCCCUCAAAUAAAACAGAAUCUCGACCUGAUUGGUUACUCUACUCAGUUCCUGCAUUAGCCUUUCUAAUUGGGAUUGUUUUAUUCACAUUCAUCUGCAAAACACAACGACGCAGGAAUACACCUACAAAGCAGAGGACAAACACAAAUGGACACCUAGCCACAUACAAUGACUUUGGGUACACUGGGAGUGCUUCUCAGAGAAAUACAGAGAGUGCUGAAAACAACAAGAAGGAUGAGACACAGUCCUAUGAGAAUGUAGAAGCAGCUAUCUACAACAAUCAAGACAAAGUCACAUAUUAUGUUUCUGCAGAUGAAGAUUAUCUUAACCCGGAUGCAUUUGUGGAAGAGGAAAUGCCAGGGCCAGAUCACAACACCCUUCAACUGCCUAGCAAUUUGACAGAUACAGAUGGAGAGUCGUAUGAGAACAUGGAGGGGUGUUUAUAUGCUCAGCCUCGCAAACAGACACAGCAACUCGCCAGUGAAGAUGAGGACUACAUCAAUCCUGAUGAAGACAGAAAACAAGAUCUCACUCUGGACCAAACAGACACUGAGUCAUAUGAAAUGAUGGCUGGGCCAGACUGUGUAUACAACAACACAGACUUCACAGCAACAAAUGACACAGAGGAUGAUUCAUAUGAACAGAUGAAUGGAAUCCCAGUCCCGUUCUAGAAAGAAAUGGACAGAGGAAGAGAGGGUGAAUGAAGAGGUGCAGAGAAAUGGAAAACUGCAGCGAAAUUACAUUAAGAGAGCAGCUACAGGAUAAAUAAUAGCUAGUUAUUAUUUCAAAAUUGAUUGUUUACUUUCUUUACACCUGGUAUUGUUAUUGGGCAUGAUAAACAAAGGCACACAGACCAAAAAUACAAUAUAAUAACCUACAUUUCACUGUAUUCAGUCUCUCUAUGAGUAUUUCGUUAGAAAUAUCGCAUGACACAUUUUAAAAGGUUGCGAACGACAUGUCGUCAGAAGACCUUAAAGCAACUGUAUGUAUGUGUUUUUUACCUUGAAAAAAAAAGUUUCAUCCUUCCAUCUUCUGUUUCUUAACCUUGGCGACCUUAAACGUCUAUUCUGGGAGUUUGUAUGUUUGGUGAACGGGUACGAAUUACCGUGAAAAGAGCGAACUGCUUUACGGCACCAACAAAUGCACAUCAGAGAUGAUCUGUUAUUACGACUGUAAUAUAUUUGCAACAGUGAGUUCCACUUAAUUAACUAUAGGGGGCUUAAAAGUUGCAAAAAUACAGAAAACUACCUACAGAUGCUUUUAAGAUGUGUUGUUUAACUUCAAACUGCUUUUAACUGAUGCGUUCUGGGUGGAGGAAAAUGUAUUUUGAGAAAAAAAAAAUGUAUAUUGUACUUAGAGAUAAACUGAUGAAUGUGACCCUGGACCACAAAACCAGUCUUAAGCAGCACGGGUAUAUUUGUAGCAAUAGCCAAAAAUACAUUGUAUGGGUCAAAAUGAUCAAUUUGUCUUUUAUGCCAAAAAUCAUUAGGAUAUUACGUAAAGAUCAUGUUCCAUGAAGAUAUUUUGUAAAUUUCCUACCGUAAAUAUAUCAAAACUUACUUUUUGAUUAAUAAUAUGCAUUUCUAAGAACUUCAUUUGGACAACUUUAAAGGUGAUUUUCUCAAUAUUUUCAUUUUUUGCACCCUCAGAUUUCAGAUUUUCAAAUAGUUGUAUCUCAGCAAAAUAUUGUCCUAUCAAAAGCUUAUUUAUUCAGCUUUCUUAUGAUGUAUAAAUCUCAAUUUCGAAUUGACCCUUACGACUGGUCCAAGGUCACAAAUAUCACGAAAAUGUAAAGAAAUGUCUUGGUCGUAUCUUAUUUCAAAAUGUAAAUUCAUUAUUUAAAUGUAUUAUUUCUAAACAAUGAAUACAAUUAUUUGAAUAGUGAAAUGAUAAAUUACAAUAGUAAUUUUUAAAAUGCAUUUUUGUUUGUUUGAAGCCUUGACGACCAUGAUGUUUCUUUGUGAAAUCUGACAUCUGGGUUGCAACUGUCAAGAGCUUCCUGAACACAGUUUAAUGUUUUAUUACUGUAUUAAUAUUAAAAUAGCAUCACAAUUUAAGGGAUCAUGACAUGGAUUCUUUUAAUUAUUAUUUGAAUAUGUUC